CCGAGGUGUGUGUGAACGCAGCAUGACGCCGCCUGUGGUGGCUCAUUACAUUAUCUGGCAGCCGGAGUGGCAGCGGACAGAAGAGAGGGGAUCCCCGGGAUUUUUAUACCGAAGCCAGCUUAAUACGAACAUAAAACAACUGAAAAUCGCGGGGGGGAACUCGGUCACGCUCCUCCUAGAUUCCGGUGAGAGCAGCCAUGUCAGAGGAGGUGGUGCGUCAAACGCGCAGCCAGAAGCGGGCUCUGGAGAGGGACCAUGCAACUCUUGCUGGGUCCCUGGGGGACAUGGACAGUAAACGGGUUAAGCUGGAGAAGGGGGAUGCGCCUGGGAGUCCCCUGGCCCUGGUGGGAUCGGGAGCUGAGGGUGUCAAGCUGAAGAGUGAGCAGGCUGCAAAAGUAGCAGCCAGCAUCCUAAAGUCCGGGGAAGUGAAGGCCACCAUCAAGGUGGAGGUGCAGACUGGAGACGAGCCCGUUGAUAUGAGCACAUCCAAAAGUGAUAUUAAGAGAGAGAGGCAGCCACCAUCGCCAGAUGAUGUGAUUGUGUUAUCAGACAAUGAGCCAUCCAGUCCUCUCAUGAAUGGCCACUGCUUCACGAAGACUGACACAGAUAAACUAAUGAAGAGCUCCCCUGAAGAGAGGGAGCGCAUCAUCAAACAGCUGAAAGAAGAACUGCGACUCCAAGAAGCCAAGCUGGUGUUACUUAAGAAACUACGACAGAGCCAGAUCCAGAAGGAGAGCACAGUACAGAAGGCGACUGGCUCUGUGGCUACUCCUCCUCCUCUGGUGAGAGGUAGCAUCACAUCAAGCAAAGGACCCCUCCAGGUGACCGGUCGUAGCUCAGGCACGGUGAUCCCCCCACCCUUGGUGCGGGGUGGGCAGCACGUCCCGUCCAAACACAACUCUCAGAUUGUCAUGCCACCCCUGGUCAGAGGAGCCCAGGUUAGGCCUAUUGCAGUGACUCCGCAGCAGAUAGCCAGUCUGCGUCAGCAACAGCAGCAUCACAGCGGUUCAGGCCCCCCUCCGCUCUUGCUGGCUCCCAGGGCUUCUGUGCCCAAUGUCCAGGUCCAGGGCCAGAGGAUCAUUCAGCAGGGACUCAUUCGGGUGGCUAAUGUGGCCAACAGUAAUGUCAUGGUUAACAUCCCACAGGUUAGGAUGCGAUAUGCCUCUCCAACCAGCCUAAAGGGCUCUUCAGCAUCGCCCAACUCUAACAUCAAUGAUAGUCCAGCCAGCCGGCAGGCGGCCGCCAAGCUUGCACUUCGCAAGCAGUUGGAGAAGACGCUGCUGGAGAUCCCACCACCCAAACCUCCUGCCCCCGAGUUCAAUUUCCUUCCUUCAGCAGCCAAUAAUGAGUUCAUCUACUUGUUGGGGUUGGAAGAAGUGGUGCAAAAACUUCUGGAGAUGCAUGGCAGGGGUAAUCUUGGCCCAGCUGCUGCAAUCGCCAGCUCCAUUCCCAAAGAGCCAUACAACUGCGCCCAGUGUAAGACGGACUUUACCUCCCGCUGGAGAAAGGAGAAGGCUGGGACCAUCCUAUGUGACCAAUGCAUGUCGUCCAAUCAGAAGAAGGCCCUGAAGGCUGAGCACACCAGCCGGCUGAAGGCAGCCUUUGUUAAGGCACUCCAACAGGAGCAGGAGAUUGAACAGCGUAUCCUCCAGCAGGCGGCUUCAUCUUCCUCUUCUGCCUCAUCUGUCUCUAAAACCACCUCGUCCUCUCCCUCACUGUCCAAAAGUGAGGUGCUGGUGUCCCAGCAGUACAAGCAGGUCAGGGCUGCCAUGCAGCACAGAUCUGUGACUGGCCACCACUCCAGCAUUAAGCAGAGUCCUAGUCAGCUGUCACAUAGCAUCCAGUCUGUGAGCUCUCGUGGUGUGGCCCACUCAUACACCACCUCCCAGCUGCAGAGCGCGGUGACAGCAGCGGCACUGGGCAGCAGGUCAGGUAAGCAUGCUGCAGCACGCCCGCUGCAGCAGGGAGCAAAGGUCAGCGCCGGCAGCAGCAGCAGUAACCAGGGCAACGUGGCUGCCUGGAGGAAGCAGAGCGGUGGCAAUACAGGUGUGACUAUGGCCUAUGUGAACCCCAGCUUGUCUGCCCAUAAGACCAGCUCUGCUGUUGAGCGUCAACGAGAGUACCUGCUGGACAUGAUUCCCUCCCGUUCUAUUUCCCAGGCAGCCAACACAUGGAAAUAAUGCAAUCUUUCUUCCUACUGACACCAUAACUAUUACCCCUCUUAAUAUCAAUAACAGCCAUUCUCAUUAUCAUUCUAAUCCUUUCUAUGGACUUAAUCCCUCUGGCCGAAACUGUGCAGGGGAGAAUCAACCUUUUUUUUUUUUUCUUUUUUUUUUUGGUGGGACUUCUUUCCCAGAUCUUUCUGCUACCAUCUUCCUCAACUGAAUUGGAGUUGUCCUGAGACAGCAGGAGUAUUUGGGAUACAAGGAAUAUAUCAAAUACAGUUUGGGUACUUUUGUGAGGGUGACAGGCGUGUACAAUUUUAUAAACUUCUCCAGUGACGUUGCCUCUCCCUCCCUGUAUAUUGGUUGUACCUCCCAGUUGCACCGAGAGGGAGUCGCCACAAAAUCCCCGAGUUCCCCUGCCUCUGGAGUUGGCAGGGAAAAAAUAAUAAUUACUAUUAUACACAAUAAAAUAUUCGCCUUACGUCCUACCCCUCUCCAGUCUGAGCCAAUCAGACUUAGGCCCACGUGGUGGCCGAACCGAACUUUACUGAAGACCUCAUCACAGGGAUUGUGGUUGAGCUUCGAGGACCAUCCACGAAAUAAUAAGAACUGCUUCAGCUUUGCAAAAAUGAAUAAAAUAAAAAAAAUAAAAUAAAAAAAGGACUGUAAAAAAAUGAUCUCUAUCUGCACACAGACUGCCUCUUCUCUCUAACCUACAGCGUGUAUAGCAGAGAAGCUGAUGUGUGUUGGAUUAUUUUGUAUGGCUGAAUGUUAGGAUUUUGUCUUUUCUUCUGUAAGUCAUAUACUGUGUUUGGAAUAUUGUGCUCCCUGAUACUUUGGAAGUGGCCUCUUGUCGAGGUCUGAAUUUACAGGCUAAUGUUACUGUUGAGGUGGUUUUACAUCUGCUGGGUUCCAUGUUGUGGCCUACUGUUAAAUACUUUGUUUUUUCUAAGAUGAAGAGGAAGAAUAAAGAUAAAGGUUUCACUGACUAAUGUAAAAACAAGGAGCAUAUGUUUGGAGGACUAUUCUUAUUGAAUAUUGUAAAAACAAACCUUCCAAAGAACUAGUGGAGCCCAAAUGGAAUCCCUUCUGCUAGAAGGUUUCUAGUUUAUCUGAACCCUCUCUGGAUAUAAACAUGAAUUCAUGCUGAACUGAGGGGGGUGUAAGGAAUGUCAUAUUUUUGACAUUGUUUUGCUUUUAGUCAUAGGUUGUGGUGCAUUAUUUUUCUUCUAUAGACAAACUGUCUGGGUUUAUUUAUAGGGUCAUGUUAGUAAAGAACAUAUGCUUCUGCCCUAAGUUUGAAUGGAACUCAACUUAAUUAUUUGUUUUCUCUUGUGUGUCCAGUGGCUCCCACUCACCCUACGAUUGGUCUAAGAGAAGCUGGACAGCUUUCAGAAUGUAGUUAUGCAAAAACCCCUAUAGCAACAAAUGACAUGAAUUUCUUAGUCUUUAACAUUAAGGUGUGUAUGAUUUAGGUCAAGUCCUUGGAUUGAGCUAACUAUGCCUUUCACAUGAGCUAUAGUGCAUUUUUAUCAGGUUGCAGCAGCACAGGAUAAGCUAGUGAAGUACAACAAGUCCUACAUUUAACAGGGGAAUUCCCAUUGCUCAUGGAAUUCAGUUAUUUAACAACCAUGUGCUGUCUUCUUUCAUUUCAGUCUCUGGGGUGGUCUAGUUUCUUUAACCCUACCACUCAGCAAAUUGCUUUAUUGAAGUGUUUCUUUGGCUUAUUGGUAAAUGUCAAUACAUUAAAAAAAUAUUAAAAUAUUGCUUCUGAAUUUAACCAGUAAAAAAGGGUAAAUUGUUCAUGCAUAUUUCUAAUCUGGGUGUUUUGUAAGCAUUAUGUGUAAAAAAACAAACAAACUGUCAAAACAGGCCCGACCACCCCAGCAGUUACUUGUCAAUAUACUGUAUCUGUCCAUUUUCCUCCUUUUCACAAUCAAACAAUAACAUUGGUGACGCCAUCACAUUGUAAUUAGGAACCUGCAGCCCUGUUGUCUCGCUUUUGAUUUCAUAAUACAUCCAUGAUGUGAUAAUCUAAUGCGAUAUUGUAAGGAUGUGUGUCCUUGUUGAACCACAGUGUACUCUUCUUUAGCUCACUGAACAUUGUCAGGCUCCAUAUAAAAAAAAAAGAAAAAAAGAAAAAUGGUGCACUGAGCCUUAGUUGAAGUGUAUCCCUCUAUCCUGGGGUAUCAUCACUGUACACCUGGGUUUCAUUUAGGAUGGUGCAACAUACAGUAUGUACAUUGCUGAUAGAAAUACAAGCAUACAAGAUUAAUUUAAAUGGCUCAACAUUUUUGUAUUUCUGUCUCAAAGUAGCAUCAGAGAUAUUCCAGGUUGUCUGUACAUUCCUGACAGGCAGAAAGGUAGCAGCCUUGUGGAUGCAAAAUAAACAAUCUGGAAUGAGCCCAUCA